AUGAAACUGAAUAUUUUUAUGUUUAUUCUUACAAUACCACUGACAAUUCAUUCUAAAUCGAAUAGAAAUUUCUGUCAUAAACGUAUUAGUGGUCAAAUAUAUCAAUUAACUAUUAAUUUUGAUGCAGGUGUAGCAUAUGAAUUAUAUACAUUUCAUGAUGAUUAUACAUUAACAGUUUAUGAUAAUACUCAAAAUGGGAAUAAUACUUAUACAUCAUUAUCUUUUGGUGAUAUAACUGGACAGUGGAGAUGUUUGAAUAAAAAGAAUGAAGUACUUGUACGAUCCGUUAAUUAUAAUUAUCCUUAUAAUUCUGAACCAAAUGGUGCUAUCUCAUAUAAUAAUCCAGUCCGUUUAACAUUCUAUAAUAACUGGAAAAAUGUCCGUGGUACAUUUAAAUAUGCAGAUUAUAACUUAGGUACAAAUCCAUUGGAUAAAAAUAAUAUACCUAUACAAACAGUUCCAACAGCCAAACUUAUCGGUACACGUCUGGAUUUUUUUCCAAAGAUGAACAAAAAGUAUAGUUAA